GCACCAAAUUGUCCAUGAUUCGGUGAGGCCGAACCAUCAGUGUUAAGCUUGGCGAAUCCAUAGUUUGGCAAUAUUUCUCAAUACUGGAGAGGAUUUAUUCAUGUUAGAUUUGGGAUCUGUAAUUCAUAGUUUCUUCGAAAAGAAAGGCAAAGAGGGUGAUAUGAUCAUGAAGCUUGAUCUUAAUAAGGCUUAUGAUCGGAUUGAGUGGGUUUUAUUAGGGAGGCCCGGCUCUUUUUUAAUUUUCCCCCUUCAUUCAUCUCUACUAUCAUAUCAUGUGUCUCCUCAUCUAAGCUUGAUAAAAGGUGGACCCUUAUCCCUUUACUUGUUUCUACUGUGCACUGAGUAUCUCUCCUUGAGGAUCCAAGGGAAUACAUCUGGGAAUGGCUGGAAGGGCUCUAAGUUGGGAAAGAGUGGUCCUACUUUUUCUCAUAUUUUUUUAGCAGAUUACCUUGUGUUCAAUGGGAAAGCCACUCUGCAUAACGCUAUCUAUCUGAAUGAUUUAUUAGGCUUUUUCUGCUCUAGGUCUGGACAGAAGAUCAAUCUCUCUAAAUCCAAAAUCUUAUUCUCAGAUAAUGUCAAGGACUCUACUCGAAGGAGCCUUUGCAGUAAACUCAGUAUCUCUGAAACUCUUUCCUUGGAAACUUGCUGGGUGGAAAUCGAACAUGCUCUCACUGGCAGAAGAGCAACCCUUGUUUCUGCUGUCCUUUCAGCUAUCCCAAAUUAUUAUAUCUUACAUCUUUCAGAGUCUAUCCAUAAGGAGUUGGAUGGUAUUUCCAAACAGUUCCUUCUGGGUUCUACCAGUGAGAAAAGAAAAGCCGAAUUGGUGUUAGGUCUUCCAAGGAGGCUAAUCAAGCAUCCAUGGCUACAGUCCAGUGGAGGAUGCUCACGGAGAAGGAUAGAUUAUUUUACAAUUUAUGAACGGGACCCAGAGAAGAUCAAGCUGGCGCUGGAACACACCGACUCCCUGCUAUGGGUGGAGUACAGCAAGACCCAGAAGCCAGUGGCGUUUGCCAGAGCAACUGGGGACGGCGUUUUCAAUGCCAUAAUAUGGGAUGUGGUGGUGGACCCGUCGUUCCAGGGAAUCGGGCUCGGAAAGGCUGUGAUGGAGCGCCUGAUAGAGGAGCUUUUACAGAAAGGAAUUUGCAACAUUGCCUUAUAUUCGGAGCCCCGUGUUCUCGGGUUUUACAGGCCUCUCGGAUUCGUGGUCGAUCCAGAUGGAAUCCGAGGAAUGGUCUACUCCAGAAAACAGAGAAAAAAGAAGUAAACCAAGAAAAUUUUCUUUUAUUUUGAAUUUCUGUUUGCCUCAACAUCUUUAGUUGAGGAGGAAACUUGAGAAUUAUGCUGGGAUGGGAUACUGUUUUCCAGGACCAUAUUUGAAAAUACUAGCUUAAAUACAAGAAAUUGCUUUUGAUUACAAGUGAAGCGCAAUUUGUUACAGAAAUUUAUAUUGUUGAAUACUGGAUGAUUUCCUACAUUCUCAAUUCAGAUACAUGCCGGUGUGUCAAUGCAACAGCUUAAUCAAUCUGGUGUUCACAAGCUUAGGAAACAGCAAAACUGCACUCUCUAGCUUGCUACUUCUUAACUCCUGUUGGCACAUAAGACAAACAUACAGAAGCUAAAAAGGUGAAAUGGGUAAAACAUGCCAAUUACGUUAAUUCUUGGAAUAUAUCCACACGGGACGUGAUCACACUCUCUGACAUUUUAAGAUAAAAGUUUAUAUCAUGAAAGAAACUACAAAGUUUAAUAACUGGGGAAAUAAAACUGAAGAGAUUUUUUUAAAACAUUCUGUUGCUAAGAUUAGAAAUAGUUAAAAGUGCUGGUAGAAACAUAUGGUUCUGGGACUGUGCAAUUGGGUGUCUACUUUUCUAUUUUAGGUGGUUAUUUCUGCUUUUUAAGUAUGAAAACUAAUCAGUGACCAGACAAAUUGGCAAUGAAGAAAGAGAGAUGAUGGUUAUAAAUGACUUAAGAUAGUUACGAUGGCAUGGCUAGUUAUUCACAAAAUUCAAAGCAGUUCAAGCCUUCAAGGCAUGAAUUUUCAGUCUUUGCUCUUGAUACUCAGUAGUACCUAGAAGUUUAAAGAAAGUUUAUAAGGAACUGACUCAUUAAUACUUGCUGCUUGCAUAAAUCUUCUAUCAAGAUGAGAACUUAGACAUGGAAAGAUCCCAUUUUUUUCCCCCUUUAACUCCUACUUGGGAUUAAGAUGUCAGAAACGGUAUUUUGCUGCCACUGCCCAGCGGUUCAUAGGAGA